AUGUUGCCGAGUUUUGAUCCGAACGACGAUGAAGGCGGGUUGAAGUUGCUCGAGGAUCUGACACAAAAUGCAAGGCAAAUACAAGAACAAGUGAUUGAGAAGAUUCUUACACAAAAUGCCAAUACUGAAUAUCUCAAAAGCUUCAUCAAUGGCUGCCACUCUCCUGAUGUUCAUCUUUUCAAGAACACUGUCCCUGUGGUGAACUACGAAGAUAUCAAGCCUUAUAUUGAGAGAAUUGCUAAUGGAGAACCUUCCAAUAUAAUUUCAGCUCAACCCAUCACUGAGCUACUCACCAGCUCUGGAACUUCUGGUGGACACCCCAAAAUGAUGCCUUCAACUGCUGAAGAUUUGGAUAGAAAGACAUUCUUUUAUAAUCUCCUCGUUCCUGUGAUGAACAAGUAUGUGGAUGGUUUAGAACAAGGAAAAGGGAUGUAUCUUUUGUUUAUCAAGCCAGAAAUCAGCACCCCAUCUGGGUUAAUGGCAAGGCCUGUUCUUACAAGCUAUUACAAAAGCAAGAACUUCAGAAACCGCCCGUUCAAUCGGUACAAUGUUUACACAAGCCCAGAUGAAACGAUUCUGUGCGCAGACAGUAGGCAGAGCAUGUACUGUCAAUUGCUUUGUGGGUUAGUUCAAAGGGAUGAUGUUCUUCGAGUUGGUGCAGUUUUUGCGUCCGCUUUUCUUCGUGCUAUCAAAUUCUUGGAAGAUCACUGGAAAGAGAUGAGCGAUAACAUAAGACAUGGGUAUGUCAGUGAUUGGAUCACAGACCCAAAUUGCAGAGCCUCUGUUUCUUUACUCCUCACCAAACCCAACGCUGCUUUGGCUGAUUUGAUCGACGCCAUGUGCGGGGAGAAGUUAUGGGAAGGUAUAAUCAAGAAGAUUUGGCCUAAAACGAAAUACAUUGAAGUUAUUGUAACAGGGUCCAUGGCUCAGUAUAUACCCACUCUUGAAUUUUACAGUGGUGGGCUUCCUUUAGUUUCCACUAUGUAUGCUUCCUCUGAGUGUUAUUUUGGUAUCAAUUUCAAUCCUUUGAGUAAACCCUCUGAUGUUUCUUAUACCCUUCUUCCAAAUAUGGCGUUCUUCGAGUUCUUACCAGUGGAGAAGAACAAUGGUGAAUUGAGCCAUUGUAAUGGCGGCUCUGUUCCACCAGCUGAUGAAUUUGAAACGGUGGAUCUUGUCGAUGUGAAGCUCGGUCAUUAUUACGAGCUGGUUGUCACAACUUUCACAGGGCUAUACAGAUACAGAGUAGGUGACAUUCUAAUGGUAACUGGCUUCCACAACUCCGCCCCUCAAUUCCGAUUCGUUCAUCGCCGGAACGUCGUGUUAAGUAUAGACACCGACAAGACAAACGAAGAUGACUUAUUGAACGCAAUCACAAAGGCGAAAUUGCUGCUUGAGCCGCUUGGUGUUUUGUUAACAGAGUACACAAGCUAUGCCGAUACAGGGUCGAUUCCAGGACAUUAUGUUCUGUUUUGGGAGCUGAAAAACAGAGGAGGGUGCGAGAGUUUGGGAGAGCUGGAAUCGAGUUUAAUGGAAGAAUGUUGUUCAAGUGUUGAACAAUCACUGGAUUCUGUGUAUAGAAGGUGCCGAAGCAAAGAUAAAUCCAUUGGGCCAUUGGAGAUCAGGGUUGUGAAACAUGGAGCUUUUGAUGCACUAAUGGAUUUUUGUGUGUCGCAAGGCUCUUCUGUGAAUCAAUACAAGACACCCAGAUGUAUUAAGUCGGAGGAGGCCAUUAGGAUUCUUGAUUCGAGGGCGGUGGGGAGAUUUUUCAGCCGGAAAACGCCAUUUUGGGAGCCGUUUAGAGCUCAGUAUUCUCAAUGACCACCAUUGUUUUAGUGUAUUUAUGUCGUUUUCUUCUCCUCCUCUGUUUUUUCCUCUGUUUUUUUAGAAACUGUGUGGUUUUUUUUUUCCUGAUAUGUGUGGGAAUUAUUU